UAGAAUAUCUGCGUGAAAAACUGCAUUAGUGAUUUUGGUUUUCAUUGAAUUGAUAAAUAAUUUGAUUAACAAUUGGGCACAAUCAAAAUCAAUGUUCCACAUGAAAGGACUCACAAUUAGUCUUAACUUUGCUUAACUUGAUACGCAAACCAACAUUAGCCAGCCAGAGACAUGGAUAAAAAGAUCUCGUCCUCGUCGCAGCCGCGCAUCUUGAAGAAAAAGCAUUUCCGUGUUAAGCACCAAAAGGUGAAACUAUUCCGAGCAAAUGAGCCGAUUCUAAGCGUCUUUAUGUGGGGCAUAAAUCAUACUAUAAACGAAUUGAGUCAUGUGAACAUACCAGUGAUGCUGCUCCCAGAUGACUUCAGGGCCUAUUCCAAAAUAAAAGUCGAUAAUCAUUUAUUCAACAAAGAAAAUAUGCCGUCACAUUUCAAGGUGAAGGAGUACUGCCCCCUAGUAUUUCGCAAUUUGCGCGAGCGAUUUGGUGUAGACGAUGUUGAUUAUCGCGAGUCACUUACUCGGUCGCAGCCAGUUCGCAUUGACUCGUCCGGCAAGUCUGGAGCACAAUUUUACCAGAGCUAUGACAAAUUUUUCAUCAUCAAAAGCCUCACUUCGGAGGAAAUCGAGCGCAUGCAUGCUUUUCUCAAGCAUUACCAUCCAUACGUUGUCGAGCGACACGGCAAGACUCUAUUGCCGCAAUACUUAGGCAUGUACCGCAUCACCGUGGAGAGCGUUCAGUAUUACUUUGUCGUAAUGAGAAACGUAUUCAGCUCUCAUUUGACCAUUCACAAAAAAUUCGAUCUAAAGGGCAGCACUGUGGAUCGUGAGGCCUCCGACAAGGAGCUAGAAAAACACUUGCCCACAUACAAGGAUAAUGACUUUAUUAAACAGAAAAUAAAGUUGGAAAUUGGGGAGGAACCCAAGAAGAAAUUGUUGGACACUUUAAACAAUGAUGUUGAUCUCCUAACAAAGUUGCACAUCAUGGACUAUUCUUUGUUGGUUGGCAUACACGACUGUGUACGUGCCGAAGAAGAGGCUUUGCAAGGAGACAGUGCGCAAGCGACAGGACGCAGCGAAAAUAGCGAGAGCGAGGAAUGCGAUAGUGGCGAACGAUGCUGGACGUACAACACUCCUCCGGACUCGCCUAGAGGUGCCCAGUAUAAGGAAGUUGUUUAUGAAGUCGACAUAUAUGCCAUUCCAAGUAUCGAAGAAAGACGCGAAAUUUAUUUCAUAGCUAUCAUUGAUGUUCUAACUCAGUAUGGCGUCAAAAAGCAGGCGGCAAAAGCAGCCAAGACCGUUAAAUAUGGUAGUAAUGUUGAUGGAAUAUCAACAUGUGAUCCUGAACAAUAUGCCAAACGAUUCCUGGAAUUUAUGGAUAAAGCUAUAGAAUAAGAUAUCAAAUUGUAUUUGCCACAUUAAAAAUGAAUCAUGUAUACAUAUAAAAUAUUGUCCCAGUGGCGUUUGCGUUGCUCCAUGCUGGUCAUCGAGCCCAGAACCCCUCAACACUACCUUGGACGCAGUGGUGUUAGUGCGGUGGGCUCUCGCCCUACAAGACUAUUAAAAUCUAAAGGAUAAA